AUGAGCGUCGAGCAGCUCCGCCCCUUCCCCUCCCAUUUCCGCCUCCGCGAUCUCACUGCGAUCUCGGGUGCCGCGUUCGAGUUCAAGCUCAACCCGCAUCAGGAGGAUGCCGCGCGCGCGACGAAUGUUUGGUUCGAUAGCCGGAAGGUCUACAACGGCCCGAAGAAGAGAAAAUUCCUCUCGCACCGGUUCGACUCGUACGCUGGGAUGAGCUUCCCGGACGCAGACGUCAACCACCUGGAGACCUGCAUCGCGUUCUUCCUCUGGGCCUUUUCCUUCGACGACCUCUCCGACGAAGGCGCGCUCCAGUCCAAGCCCGACGCGGUCCAGGUCGGCGUGGAUAUCUCUAUGGAUGUCCUCCGGAACCCGGGCGGGCCCGUGCCGAAGUUCCCGUACGCGGCUAUGUUACACGACAUCUGGAGGCGGUUUAGGUCGACGGCAAGCCCGAGCGCGUGCAACAGGUUCUUCCGUGCAGUCGAGAGCUGGAUGAACUCGCAGGUGGAGCAGGCCCGAAACCGGGCUACAGACGAGAUCCCGGCGGUCGAGGACUUCAUCGUCCUCCGGCGCCGCACGAUCGGCGGGCCCAUCGUUGAGGCGAUGGUCGAGUAUUCGCUCGACCUCCAGAUCCCGGAGUACGUAUGGGACCAUCCGAUCCUGCAGGAAAUGUCGAAGGCGGUCAUCGACAUCAUGACGUGGCCCAACGAUCUCUGCUCAUUCAACAAAGAGCAGGCCGACAGCGACUUCCAGAACCUCGUCUUCUGCGUCAUGAUCGAGCGCGACUGCGGCCUGCAGGAGGCGGUCGACGUCCUGACGGACAUGUACGCGCAGCGCGUGGCGGACUACUUGCGCUACAAGGCGCAGCUGCCCUCGUUCGGGCCCACAGUCGACGCCGAGCUCGCGCGCUACAACACCGCGCUUGAGCAGUACACGCAGGGCACCGUCGUCUGGUACUAUUACAGCCCCCGAUACUUCCGCGGCCAGGACGUGUCGAACAAGCCCGAGAUCGUCGUCCCCGUCUACGAGCGCUCGGUGCCCGCGCCCGACGCGCCCACCGACCCCGCCUCCCCCGCUCCCGCACCGACAUCCGCACCCGCCCCGGUGUCGGCGCCCUCGUCGAAGGCCGGUCUUCUGUCGAGCGUCUCGAAGCCGACGGCGCUCCAGAGGGCGUUCCGCUUCUCGUUCUUCCCGCUCCGGGGGGUGCUUCCGAUCCAGCUGCACUCGCGCGUGUCGCUCGCGCUCGUGUCGCUCGGCGCGUGCCUGGUCUGCGCGAGCGUGCUCGCGUUCCCGCGCGCGGGGCCGUUUUCGGUCGGAGCGAUCGCGCUUUGA